AUGCCGCGGGAUGUCUUCUUAGAUGCAUUUAGGGGAUUGACAGUUUUAGAAAUGGAGGGAACGGAGGUGUUGGGGAAUGUCCUCGGCCACGCUAAAUUCACGGAGAAAAAGGUCAACUACGGAGACACAAUAUUCCCAUGCUUUUCCUUUAUCGCUGGUUUAACCAGUAAAAGAGGUCGAAUUGCCCCAAUUAUGAGAGGAAUCAAGUUGAUCUGUUUCGGCAUUAUGUAUAAUGCUCCUCUGGUUAUCAUGGAUAAUGGAAAGUUACGACUUCUCGGUGUGUUACAAAGACAUGGCUUGAGUUCGAUAAUCUUCCACAAUUUGGUACCUGCAAGACUUAGGAAUUCGUUGUAUUAUCCCUUAUUGAUGUUCUCAUUAUGGUUCGCAAUCUCCAUCUUCUACGCUGACAAUAAGAAAGAUCCUUUUGACGAGCCAGGUUCGACCGACCGCACAACAAAAAAUUGA